CCAUUCUUUGGUCGAAGCCGCGUGGUUUGGAUGCGAAAGAGUGGGAAUUAGUAAGGUGAUCUCGAGAGGGGAUCCACCUUUAAAUGCCCUGGCCAUUUGUCUUGAGCCAUUUAGUCAGAGUGUCUGAGAGAGGAAAAUCCAGUGAAAGCUCAGUGAAGUGAAAGAUGUUCAGAAAAGUGCUUUUAUUGUUGUCUUUUGUGGUGUCCCUAACAUUGGGUUUGCCGGAUGGAGCUCCUCCAGACACGUGCGUGAAAAAUAAUCGACCAAAUCAUGGGAAAACCACGUCUCAGCCAAUUCACACCCUCCCCUAUCAAGUGGUCGCCAGUUCAAACACCUACUCACCAGGAAGUACCAUCCACGUAACAAUAUCCGGAGGAGAUGUCUUCCGUGGUUUCUUCAUUCAAGCCCGAGAUGCUCAGACCAAUGAAUGGAUUGGUGAAUGGCAACAGAGUGCCAAUACCCAGACCAUUCCUGAAUGUAGUUCAAUCACGCACGCUGACCCAAAAGACAAAGUCCAAGCCACACUGAUCUGGCAAGCACCGUCAAAUAAACAGGGACAGGUGUACUUUACGGGGGCCGUGGUGAAAGAUUAUGGAACAUAUUGGACCGACAUCAUCGCCCAAAUUCCCGUCUACCAGCACUAGAUUUAAUUUUUUUUGCAUGCAACAAAUUGUACGCCAAAAUUUGUGAAUUUUGCAGAGGAUGAAAGGCCAACAGCAUGGAAUUGUUUUAUCGUCUGUUUCAAUAUUUUCUCAUUUCUUUCACAUGCGUUUUCUUUCUUUCUUUUUUUUCCUUUUCACCUUUUACACACUGUGUGUGGGCUACAAAUAAAAUUCAAUUCACAUGUGAACAAGAUCCAGAGGAAUAAAUAAGAAACGAAUUCUCUGUACCUA